AUGUCGGAGUUCUGGCUAAUUUCUGCCCCAGGAGAUAAAACAAAUCUGCAGGCAUGGGAGCGAAUGAACACGGUGACGUCUAAAUCCAACCUGUCCAGCAACAGCAAAUUCCAUAUUCCAGACUUAAAGGUGGGGACACUGGAUGCUCUUGUUGGUCUGUCAGAUGAGUUGGGAAAACUUGAUAGCUUUGCUGAAAGCAUAAUAAAGAAAAUAGCCCAGUACAUAGAAGAAGUUAUGGAGGACUCAAAAGAUAAAGUCCAGGAAAAUCUUCUGGCCAAUGGAGUUGACCUAAUUAGCUACCUGACACGGUUUGAGUGGGACAUGGCCAAGUAUCCCAUAAAGCAGCCACUGAAGAGUAUAUCAGAAGCAUUAGCAAAGCAAGUGACUCAAAUAGAAACAGACCUAAAGACCCGAUCAGCUGCAUACAACAACAUUAAAGGAAAUCUGCAGAGCCUGGAGAAAAAAACUAUGGGGAAUCUGCUGACUCGGACCCUAGCAGACAUCGUGCAUAAAGAAGACUUUGUUCUGAAUUCCGAGUAUCUUAUCACGCUGCUUGUCGUGGUGCCAAAGUCAAGCUAUGUUCAGUGGCAGAAGACCUAUGAAUCCCUCUCUGAUAUGGUAGUGCCUCGCUCCACCAAGAUGAUUGCUGAGGAUGCAGAGGGAGGACUCUUCACCGUGACCCUAUUUAGAAAAGUGAUGGAUGACUUCAAGGCUAAAGCCAGGGAGAACAGGUUCAUGGUUCGAGAAUUUUAUUUUGAUGAGAAAGAACUGAAAUGUGAAAAGGAAGAGCUGAUGAAAUUAGCUUCCGAUAAGAAACAACAAUAUGGCCCGUUGCUGCGCUGGCUGAAAGUGAACUUCAGUGAAGCAUUUGUGGCUUGGAUUCACGUGAAAGCCUUGCGAGUUUUUGUUGAAUCUGUCCUGAGGUAUGGCCUCCCAGUGAAUUUCCAAGCAAUGCUGCUGCAGCCAAAUAGGAAGUCUGUAAAACGCCUGAGAGAUAUCCUAAAUGUGGUCUUCAAACACCUGGAUGAAGUUGCAGCAGCAAGUAUAAUGGAGCCUGGCAUGGACAUCCCUGGUUUACAACUGAGUAAUCAAGAAUAUUACCCUUACGUCUAUUUCAAGAUUGACCUCAGUCUUCUCGACUGCAGUUAA